GCUCAGUGGAGAUAAAAACGAAGACCCCUCUUUUACUGCAGAAACAUCGAGUUUUUUAGCCCUUACACUUAGUCUACGAGAAUUAUAGCAUAAAAAAUGACGAACCAAGAAGACCGAGAAGAAGUGGGGAUGAACUCGAAUUGCUUCAAGGACGACGAUGAAGGAGAACGAAGUGAAGAUGUAGAAGUGACCAAUGAGAGUGGGAAUGAGGUGGAGGAAGAAACUGCUGGUCGUGUUCUUCAUGGAGGUAGGGGUACUGGUACCGGUGUACCAAGUCCAAGUAGUAUGGGGAAGAACGGCAGUCAACGUCGAGGAAAAGGAGCAGCCAAGUACAGACCUGUUGUAGCCGUGGUUAAUGGACAGAGGCAAGAACAGGUAGGAUAACUACUUCUUGAUGCUUUUUUUCGGUUCAAAACUUCUUGAUGCUUUUUUCGGUUUUUUCACUUUCAGGGCGGUGGGUUGAAUGAAAGUUAUAAGUAAUCUUUCUUUUCACAUCUGUAACUUUCAGGACGGUGGGUUGCAAGAAAGUUUCAAGUAAUCAAUAUGAAUACUUGAAAAAUCGAAUAGUAUCACAGCUCAUUCUCAUCAGAUGAAUCAGUCACGCUACAGUACCAUCGUCAACGCAUCAAUUAACGGCUCGGGCUCGUCUUUUGAUAAAAGGAGACGGCAACCUACGGGCGAAAGCUACCUGCUUGUCUCGGAUAUGGAGAUAUCAUCUUCCAAGAUGGAAGAAUCCUUUGUAUCCGAGCCUUUGUAUUACACUGAUGCAGCCUCUUCAGUGGCAGAGGAUUACUCUGAGGCAGAGGAACAACAGGCCAGGCGCAGGUUGAUGUACUCCAACAAUAAGGAUGUAGAAAGUAUAGCAUCAUCAGAAGUUGUUGAAGUGGGCUCAUCAGAAGCAGAAUCUUACAAAACAACAUCGUCGACGAGCAGCAGGAAAUGCCCAGAGUUCAUGGCCAGCAAGGACACCAAAGGACAACCUGUUUUGACGAUGGAGCGCGUGUCGGAGUGUAUGAAAAUCUACGCUAAAGCAUGGAAAAGUGGCCAAAACUUUCCGCUUGCCAAGAUAUUCACAGAGGGUAUAAAUACUUCUUACUCGGUGUUGGUUGCUUGGAAACGAAACUGUUAUUUCUGUAUUGGAAGAUACUCGAUUGGAAAGUAGGCUGUUAUAUUACUAGGAUUUCUUUUAUUUUGUGGGCGUGUAUAAUACGGUGAUAAUAUUACGGUAACGUCUACUUGUACUUAGUUGUACAUCUUCAUCUCAUCAAUGCUUGUCAUACUUCCUUCCCUAUAUUCUUCUACUACCUUACACGCACGAAUAAUCGCUUGUGAUUUUUGAAAUGAUGUUGAGUAGAAGACCUGUUGCCACUUGUGUUUCCCUCUUGCCAAAUCAGAUGUAGCUUUCUAUAGCGGUGGCACUCAAAAAGCCGAGAGUUUGGAACAGCUGAUGGAAUGGUGGGAUCAGACCAUCAAGGGCAAGCAAAUGGGCACAAUAGUCGAAUACGAUGAUGAUGAUUUCCUACUAGACGUGGAAAAGAGCGGUGCUGCUCUUAGGUACGAAGCUAGCUGGACGAGGCAUCGGGAUGGAACCUCUUUUCAAGGAAGUUGGUUGGCUCAGUGGCGAUUCCGAUUCGAAAAAAACGAGUGGAAAGUCGAAGUGUACUCACAGUCUUAGACUUUUCCUAGGGUUCUUUUGAGAUAAAAAGUCUUUAUCUACUUCGAGUUCGAUCUGAAGGUUUGGUAUUUCUCAUGAGGAAAUCAAUGUCACCGAAAAAAAAAUCAGGUUUGAAGAAGUGUACAACAAGGAAGUGUACAACAAGGUGUACGACGCCGAUGAUAAUGCUGGAGGCCAGAAACGUCGCAGAUACUGAAUUAUGUUUUGGAUAUGAAACACAAACACUCAGAGAGGGGAUUGAUACUAACUUCUGAGUUUCCAAGAAAGCCUUUUUGUGAAGACAGUGAAUGUGAAUAUAAAACGAGGACGUACAAAAUAAAUAGUGUGUUCUGGUUAGCUAAGCAGGAACUUUGAUUUGUUUUUUGUAGAAAGAUUCCCCGGCAUCGUGUUUCGCUUUUCCAAAUCGACCGAUUGUUAUUGUAGUUGUUCGCACUGUGAUGUUGCUAGUCAAGAACGGCUUGUUAGUCGUUAUAUCUAUUUGUAUUUCUAGAGAGAUCUAUCUCAAACCCCACACUUACUUUCUUAUAUCACACACGUAUAAUAUCUGUUUCCCCUUACAUCUAUGAGAUUUUUCCAAGCCGCACGACCACUCGUACAAUUGUCCAUGGGAGGAGUACUCCAUUCAUUUUUGAUCACUAUGAAAGAACUUCGAUAGAUGGAAAUUGUCCUUGAAAAAUUUGGUCUAAAAGGAGUAAUGAAGAAAUGCGUCUUUCGUUUCACUAGAACCCCGACGAACAACAAGAUGUUGACUUCUGUCCUUUGCCG